GUCACAGGUCCGAUAGAUUCAGUUGCCGACGUUUCCGAACUGAGCAGCGAGAUCGGGAAGAAUCAUGAUGUCCACGGGGAAGAGGAGGUUUUGCCUCCACACAGUCUGGAAGGCAAGGCCAAGGAGACCAUGCACGAUGCCUUUUGGGAUCAUCUUAAAGAGCAGCUAUCAGCUUCUCCCCCAGACUUCAGCUGUGCUCUUGAACUUCUGAAAGAAAUUAAAGAGAUCUUGCUGUCGCUGCUGUUACCACGCCAGAACCGCCUCAGAAGUGAGAUCGAAGAAGCUCUGGACGCGGAACUCCUCCAGCAGGAAGCGGAGCGCGGGGCCCUGAACGUCCUGCGUCUCUCUAAGUACAUUCUCAGCAUGAUGACUUUGCUGUGUGCUCCGGUUCGGGAUGAGGCGGUGCAGAACCUAGACGGCAUUACAGACUCCACGCGGCUACUGAGGGGGAUCUUCCAGGUUCUGGGCCUGAUGAAAAUGGACAUGAUGAACUACACUCUCCAGAGCCUGCAGCCCCAUCUGCGGAAGCACUCCAUCCAGCACGAGCGGGCCCGGUUCCAGGCCCGCCUCAGCAAGCAGCCGGGCCUCCUGGACCACACGGCCAAGUGGCUCGGCCGAGCAGCCGCGGACCUCAGUGCGCUGCCUCCCGCUUGCCCCGACACUCCGGACUCCGCCAGCGUCACCUGCCCCUCUCCAAACGAGGCAGCUGCCUGCCCAGAGCCCCUCAGCCCCACAAUGGUGCUGUCCCAGGCCUUCCUGAACCUUCUUCUCUGGGACCCUGACGACGAGGAGUUCCCCGAGACGCUGCUGGCAGACAGAGCCCGGCUGCAGGAGCUGGAGGCCCAGCUGCGCCGCUUAACGGUCCUGGCCUCGGUCCUGCUGGUGGCCAGCAGUUUCUCGGGCAGUGUUCUGUUUGGCUCACCGCAGUUCGUGGAUAAGCUGAAACGCGCAACCAAAGCCCUCACGGAGGAGUUUAGUUCCAGGCCGGAGGAGGCCAUGCUGACUGUGAGUGAGCAGGUGUCUAAGGAAAUCCACCAAAGCCUCAAGAACAUGGGCCUUGCUGCUCUGAGCAGUGACAGCACAGCGUCUCUGAUGGGACAGCUCCGGGACAUUGCCCACGAGGAGAACUGUGUCCGCAGUGUCAUUGAUCAGCGGAUUCACUUGUUUCUCAAAUGCUGUUUGGUCCUUGGUGUGCAGCGCUCACUGUUAGACCUCCCUGGAGGCCUCACGCUCAUUGAGGCGGAGCUGGCAGAACUAGGCCAAAAGUUUGUCAACCUAACGCAGCACAAUCAGCAGGUGUUUGGCCCCUACUACACGGACAUCCUGAAAACCCUCAUCCCCCCAAGCCAGGCACUGCAAACAGAAGUAGAGUCCCUCUGAUAGCACCAGCUCCGAGCCCUGGCACCUUGGACCCAGGAGAGAAUCCAUCAUUUUCCUGAGGUGACAUCACCAGGG